AACUCUAUAAAUACCCAAACGACUCACCCGCCUUCCCUUCCUCUUUUCCAGUUUUCCUACUUCCUUGCGUGUGCGUAUACAUCGUUGUUGGCGUCACUUUUCUCUGCGAUUUUCAAGGGCUUUCUUUGCAAUUUCGCUGCCUUCAAACGCGGCUCUCUACUUUUUGCUUCUCUUCUCUCUCUUUCUCGACUCGUUCUCCCCAGGUUUCCUCUUCUUUCUUUCUUGUAGCUUUGCCUUCAUUGCUCAUUCUUGUCUACAGCUCCCGCUAUUUAUUUCUGCGAACGAUUUCAGCGGUUCCUGUCGGUGGUCGGGAUCUAAGGAUAUCCGUCCGUUUCCUGCAUUUUCAGGAUUGAAUCUUCUUUCGCUUCUGGUCCGUGUAAGCAGAGUUACGAUUUGAGACGUCGUGAAUCAGGUAGUUAUUUUGGAUCAUGUGGUGUUAAAAUGUUAGAAUCCGGAUCUCCUCCUACCCACAGCUCUACAUUGAGAACAUCUCUUUGUAACAUGUAAAUACCGAAGAUAUAUAUCCUGCGGACUGUACGGUCACUUCUUUCUCAAAAUCUACUCUCCACAUGAUGUUCAGUUAUCUCAUAUAAAUGCUUUGUAGUUCUGGAGAUGAAAAGUUUUCAGGAAGCUUGCACUUGAUGGACUGCUCACACAACACUACUGAUAAGAAAACUUUGAAGAGGUGGUUUUUCAUAGAUAAAAGGGUUGGGUAAAGAUAGUAGAUAUUUUGUAUUGAACCUUCUGACCCAAAGUGGACUGUGGACCAACCUGCUCUUACAAGCCACAUACUUUGUUAUAAUCCUUGUAAACCUUUUUAUAUAAUCUGGAUCCGAUGGACUUGAAAUCAAAACAUGCUGCUCCUGUUCUCACUGAUCCCGUACCUGUGAGUAAGUCUAGGUUAGGCAUCUCCAGUCUGUUGUCUUACUCAUCACCCGGAGCAGCGUUCCCUUCUGGCUUGUAUUUAACAAUUCCAAGAAAGAAACCUGUGCCAGGAAAACUCGAUGAUGUCCGAGCUGCUGGUUGGCUGGAUGCCAUGAAGGCUUCCUCACCUCCUCGCAAGAAGCUAACCAAGGAUUUCAAUAUUGAGAUUACAUCAGAGGAUAAUGAUGUUGCUUAUUCAUCCUGGAUGAUUAAAUAUCCAUCAGCACUUACUUCAUUUGAGAAUAUCAUGAACUAUGCGAAGGGCAAGAGAAUAGCAUUGUUUUUAGAUUAUGAUGGUACUCUUUCACCAAUUGUAGAUGAUCCUGACCGUGCAUUUAUGUCUAAUGCCAUGCGUAUUGCUGUGCGAGAUGCUGCAGAAUAUUUUCCAACGGCAAUAAUUAGUGGAAGAAGUCGUGAUAUGGUAUACGAGUUUGUAGGACUGACGGAGCUUUAUUAUGCUGGUAGUCAUGGAAUGGACAUCAUGGGGCCAGUCAGAGAUUUGGCCUGUGCUGAUGACCAUCCAAACUGUAUUAGGUCUACUGACAAGCAGGGUAAGGAAGUAAAUCUGUUCCAGCCUGCUAGUGAAUUUUUACCUAUGAUCGAUGAGGUUUUUAGAACCCUUGUCGAGAAUACAAAAGGAAUUAAAGGUACAAAAGUUGAGAAUCACAAGUUUUGUGCCUCUGUACAUUAUCGAAAUGUAGAUGAAAAGAACUGGCCUGCAGUUGCACAAUGCGUUCAUGAUGUUUUAAAAGAUUACCCACGUCUACGAUUGACUCAUGGACGGAAGGUUUUGGAGGUCCGUCCUGUGAUUGACUGGGAUAAAGGGAAAGCUGUUGAAUUUCUACUCGAGUCACUUGGACUAGGUAAUUCUGAGGAUGUGCUUCCCAUAUAUGUUGGGGAUGACCGUACAGAUGAAGAUGCGUUUAAGGUCCUCCGUGAGGGCCAGCGAGGUUAUGGAAUUUUAGUAUCCUCAGUGCCAAAAGAGAGCAAUGCGUUCUACUCCCUGAGAGAUCCAUCUGAGGUCAUGGAUUUUCUGAAGUUGCUCGUGGAAUGGAAGAAGAGUAAGAAGGGAAAAGGAGCAUUAUAGUGAUACCGUGUUUUCGAGGUUCCUUCCUAACAAAUAAUAACAAAUAAAUUAAGGUCUUCCGGGAGCUGCUCUGCUUGAGGUCGUCAUUGAAUCUGCAUUUGGAUUUUGAUGUUUAUUCAUUUAUUUAUUUUUUCUUUGUCUUUUGGUCGAUCUUGUUCAAAGUCUCUUAUCCAUGUAAAUCCCUUAUCCACCAUGUCGUAAUUAUGCUUUCAUCUCAAGUUGUAAUCAGUUCUUUACAACCUUCUUGUUUUCCUGAUUUUAUACCCGA